AGACAAAUAAACACUUUUAACGCACUCAAAAGUAUUUUGAUUAAAAGUUGAAAAUAAAUAAAUAAAUAGCACGUUAUAGAAACGGAAAAUGCGCGAGGUCAGCCCUCUAUAGAUCUCUUAUUAACUAAUACUCCAUAAUUCUGCAUUGAAAUCACUAUAUUGUAUUUGGGCAAUCCAUAUAUAGAGUAUAGAGUAGGGAGACAUUCGCACACGCUCUCUUUGUGGGGAUUCGUGGGUGGGAGAAACAACACUCUCCAUUUCACAGAUCGAUCGAUCCUAGAGAGAGAGAGGAGAGAGAGAGAUGGGUUGCUCGUUCUCCGGAUUGAAUGCACUGUACGAUGCCGUCAAUGGUGGAGGCGAUGUUUGGAUCAACGAGAACCGUUUCAGGAUCGUCAGGCAGCUGGGCGAGGGUGGCUUCGCCUACGUUUACCUCGUCAAGGAGCUUCUCGCUGAUCCUUCAAACCCUUCCAAUGGCAUUUCCUCCAAAAUCAAGGACUCUUCUCACGUCUCAGUGGAUGGAACAUACGCAAUGAAGAAAGUUCUCAUUCAAAACAGCGAGCAACUGGAAUUAGUGAGGGAGGAAAUUCACGUUUCAUCUCAGUUUAGCCAUCCCAAUCUGCUUCCUCUUCUUGACCAUGCCAUCAUUGCAGUCAAGGCUUCACAAGAACAAACCUGGAAGCAUGAAGCAUACUUGCUGUUUCCUGUUCAUUUGGACGGAACAUUAUUAGACAACACCAAAGCUAUGAAAGAUAAGAAGGAGUUCUUUUCUACAUCACAUGUGCUUCAAAUAUUUCGUCAGCUCUGUGCAGGACUUAAGCAUAUGCACAAUUCUGAUCCUCCAUAUGCACAUAAUGAUGUCAAACCUGGCAAUGUCCUUUUGACACACAGGAAAGGACAGUCACCUUUAGCUACAUUAAUGGACUUUGGGAGUGCUCGUCCUGCAAGAAAGCAAAUUCGAACUCGUUCAGAAGCAUUACAGCUGCAGGAAUGGGCUUCUGAACACUGUUCUGCCCCUUUCCGUGCACCUGAAUUAUGGGAUUGCCCAAGCCAUGCAGAUAUUGAUGAGAGAACUGAUAUCUGGUCGUUAGGCUGCACUUUAUUUGCAAUCAUGUAUGGGGAGUCCCCAUUCGAAUACGCACUUGGGGAAUCUGGUGGGAGCUUACAGCUGGCAAUCGUAAACGCCCAAAUAAAGUGGCCAGCUGGACCCAACCCUCCUUAUCCGGAGCCACUUCAUCAGUUUGUAACAUGGAUGCUUCAGCCUCAAGCUACAGUACGGCCUUGUAUUGACGAUAUCGUAAUUCACGUUGAUAAGUUGAUCACCAAGUUUUCUACUUGAAUGAAUAUUCAUAAGGUAUAUGAACAAGUCGUUUCAAUCGUUAUAACUUAUUAUGUGCUGGGAAAAGUUUUGGCUCUCACCCUUCUCUUUUACGGUACAGCAAUGUAUUUAGUUUGUUUAAAUUAUCUUUUGGCAACUUACAUGUUUAUUAAAUCUUUAAAUGAAUUAUACUUGGUUAUGUAUACAAAACGUAGACCCAACCUUAUUGUUUCUCGUGUUUGCGCGAAUGCAUUCUCUAUUCUAUGUAUGCGAUAAUGUAUACACGCACCGUUCCAAUCAAUAUGUCUACAUUGUUUGUGCUUGUUAUACAAGAAGUCUUAUGACAAAUUGUAAAAGCCGCUAUAAGAAUGUUCUGUUUUUGGUUCA